AUUGUAGCGCCACUCAACCCGCGCCAGUGGUGAAUGCACAGUGGAGAAAUACAACUGCGUGAUUUGGAGCGGACUGGCGGGGGUGGCGGGAUCUGUUUUUUAAAGGGAAUAUAUUGUACAUUUACACCCGACUAAACAAAGAGUGACUGGAGAACAGCGACUGACCAGAAAACACGUGGGCCGCGUAGCGUGGAGAUAUCCGGUUUGUAGGUUGCCCUGAAAAAACGGUGACAUCGGGCAGCCUCAGUUAUGGAGAACCGACACACCCUCGAACAAAAGUAUGCUGCCAAUAUAGAGAAGAUUGAUUACGAAGAUGAGAAAGUAUUAAUUCAUUACCGCCAGUGGAGCCACCGCUACGACGAGUGGUUUGAUUGGACAAGUCCAUACCUGAGACCUGUGGAAAGGGUUCAGCUGAGGCGUCAGGGUCUGCAGGACGACCUUCCUGGCUUUCACGUGAAUGAUAAGGUCCUGGCCAGCUGGUCUGACUGCCGUUUCUACCCUGCGAAGGUCAUUUCUGUUAAUAAAGAUGCUUCCUACACUGUGAAGUUUUAUGAUGGCGUCAUUCAGACAGUGAAGGACAUACACGUGAAACCUUUUAUAAAACAGAGAGGUGGUGGGGGAAAGUCUCGCUCUGCUGAAAGAAACAUGGUUAGGAGGGCUCCAAAUCGUCGAGACAGGAGGCCUCAGGAGAAUGGGGGUCCCAAAAACAAACGAGCCAGGCGCAGCACUUCCGAUCAAGAAGAUGAAAGCAACAGUGAAGAUGAAGAGCGGGAAGAGAGGAUGAUAAAUGAGAAGAACAAGAAAACAAAUGGUGAGGUGGUGACUGCACCCACCAUAAAACAGGAAGAGAAACUGUUAGAGCAAACAGAACAGAAGAAGCCCAGAGAUGGAGAAAAGGUGUUGGGACUUACAAAUGGAGUCAGGUUGGAAGAAAACAACAUGCAACAUGAUGACAGGUGCAAUGUAAAUGGAGAGGUGAAGGAAGAGAUGACAACAGAGAGUGAAACAAAGCCAUAUUCAGAGGCACCCAGGCCAUAUAUAGAGAUGACCCCUCACACGUCAGGGCAGACAGAACAGGUGUCUGUCUGUAUGACAACCACAGACUCCAAUGGAGAUGUGGAGCAGAAGCCAAGCGUCCAAUCAGAAAACUCUCAGCUUGCAGUGGACAUACCACCACCUCAGCCUGUGAAACCUGUACGGAAGCAGGGUUUUCACAACCCCAACAGGUUCAGCAGAGAACCUUUAUAUCGAGUUAUCAAAAACCAGCCACCGCCAGUUCUGUCCAUCAACCUUGACCACAACCCCUUUAAGUGCAGCGCUCCUGGUUGCACAAAGUCUUUUCGCAAGGCCAAGUUGCUACACUACCAUAUGAAAUAUUACCAUGGUGAAGAGCAGCCUCUGGAGGAGAACUGCAGCCCCACCAGGAGCAUCCAGACCAGGGCCUCCGACAAACAAACCGCCACCUGCAUGGAAGGGCCAAAGAGACGACGCACCAUCUCUGCCUCUCUGCACUCUGUUGGUUCUGCAGCAGCACCCCGUGGUGAGGUGAAGACUGCAGGAAGACGCACAUCAGCCCCACCUGAUGUCAACACCCAGAGCCAUCAGCAGAGGGCGCUGUUAAGGGAGAAGAGCAAAGAGAACCAGCUGGAUCGAAAUGGAUGCCAGCAGCAGGACUUGGAGAGGAGUGGUUUUGACAUUGGUUCAGUAAAAGACAAGCUUAAAGAUAAGCCGAGACAGAAAGACUUCCUCCGCAUAAAACUAAAGAAGAAGAAGAAGAGAAAAAAGAAGGCCAAGUCUGACUACACAGGUAGUGAGGAGAAUAUUGACAUCUCAGUAUUGGGUCUUCAGUCCAAAUUGAAUUUGCCACUCAAACCCCCCCUCUCACACAAUCACAAGCCUGAGGCCUACAGCUGCAGGCCUGGAUACAGCUACUCAGAGCAGAUACAUGUGGAUGAUGAGGAUAGCAUCAGUGACUGGUCCACUGAUAGCUGUGGCUGGAGUGAUGAUGACCUUGGGGUGGAUUUGGACAUCACCACACCUCCCCUAAGUGUGGAUUCUGGAGCUGUAGACACCAAUGACCAAGAGAUCGUAAGAUGUAUCUGUGAGGUGGAGGAAGAGAAUGACUUCAUGAUCCAGUGUGAAGAUUGUCUGUGCUGGCAGCACGGCACCUGCAUGGGGCUGCUUGAAGAAAACGUUCCAGACAGAUACACCUGCUACAUCUGCCGAGACCCACCAGGUCAGAGGCAGAGUCUGCGUUACUGGUAUGAUCGUGAGUGGUUGAUCAACGGCCACAUGUACGGCCUCUCCUUCCUGGAAGAGAACUACUCUCACCAAAAUGCCAAGAAGAUAACUACCACCCAUCAGCUGCUGGGAGAUGUGCAUCAUGUGGUGGAAAUCCUCAAUGGACUGCAGCACAAAAUGAAUGUCCUAAAGAGCAACACCCACCCUGACCUGCAGCUGUGGCGGCAGCCCUGGAAGCAUUUGGACAGGUCUCGGAUCAGCUCUGACUCGUGUCGCGGCAGCGAUGCAGCUCCGUCUCCUGUGACUCCUGAUGAGGACAUGAGCCGUGGAGAGAUUUUAAUGUCCAACGCUCUGGAAAAGCUGAGUCGAGCUGCAACAGCUGCCACCUCCUCUUUAUCUUGCUCCUCUUCCCCCUUUCCAUCCUUCCAAGACUCGUACAUUACCAGUGAACACUGCUACCAGAAGCCACGGGCAUAUUACCCAGCAGUGGAGCAGAGGCUGGUGGUGGAGACCCGACAGGGCUCAGAGCUGGAGGACAGCAUGCGAAGCACAGAGGAGCUUCUGGAGCGGGAGCAACGCUAUGGGAGCCUGUUGGAAACCGACAAACCCAAGUCAACAAACAACAGUAACAAGGCUUCCCUUGGUGGCUUGUUGUGCCAGGUUGAGAUGAAGGAAGAGAAUGGGAGAGACUCUGGCGAAGCUGCAGAUAAUCGCAGACACCAUCAGCAGUGGCAGAUCAACCUGCUGGAUCACAUAGACGCAGUCCAGGAUGAGGUAUCGCACAGGAUGGACUUCAUUGAGAGGGAGCUGGAUGUGCUGGAGAGCUGGUUAGACUACACUGGGGAGCUGGAACCUCCUGAACCACUGGCCCGUCUGCCUCAGCUGAAACACCGCAUGAAGCGGCUGCUGACACAGCUGAGCAAGGUGCAGCAGAUCGCCCUGUACAGCUCCACAUGAGGGCGCCAGUGAAUGGCAGUUGCCUCAAGCACCAAACAGAAUGCAGAAACAGUGUAGCUGGGGGAAGCUCGCUGGUACCUAGCUGCAUAAAUACAAGCGUGAGGUUCAGAUUGUUCAGCACAUACUUUCUGACCUGAGGUUUUUUCCCCCUUUGUCUUUUUUGAAAAGGGUCUGUGUGAAGAAAUUUGAUGCUGCAGUAAGCCAAUGUCCUAUUUGAAUAUUGAAGAUAACACACAUGGACCGUUAGCAGCAUAAAUCAGGAUUAAACACAAAAAGUAACCUCAUAAAUGCAGGAGGAAAUCCUUAGGACCAGAUUACACUUCUAUAUUUCCCAUGCAAUCCCAAACCGUUCAAAUGCCUUUUGUCUAAGCUACUGCUUACGGUUGCCCUGUACCCCUCAGCACACAGUGCUUUACAUGCAGAAGCUUUAUAUUUAAAAUUGCAUUUGAGUUCCUGUACCUUACAGUCUUUUUGCAAGAUUUUAAAAACACAUUUCAAAUGGUCAGUGCAUUAACCAUUGUCCCAGAGUUGAGUUUUGUUGUGCAGCAGCGUUUCCACAUUCGCUCAAAGUGUGCACAGAUGUUGACUUGAAGGCAUCCAGUCUACGUCGGGUCAACAAAUACUCUGCUCUGUUUUUGACCUACUCAAGGGUUUGUUUUAAGACACUGUGAAAUUUAUUUCUGGAAUCAAAGGCAUCUUCAGCUUAAGGGUUGAUUUUUUUUUUUUUUUUUUUUUUGUCUUAAACUGUAAUGCUUCUUUUUACCUAACUGUCGUCUGGAGUUUUAUCUGUUAAUCUUUGUUUGUCUGUUACCGUAUACUUAAAUUUACUCUUUGCAUUGUUGUUGCUGUAGCACUUGAUCUAUUAUUCACUGUAAUCUGUAACGUUGGCUUUUCUCCUAACCUUUUAUUUUGUGCUUUGUCACAAACUCUGACGUGUUUAUUUUCUCUGUUUUGUUCUUUGUUUAUUUACAGUAUUUUGUUUCUUUGUAAAUAUGUCAUUCGACAAACGCGCUCUUCGUUCUUGAAAACAUUCUCCAAAUACAGAUAUUGUAUGCUACUGUACUGUAAGUGUCUGGCCUAGAAGCAGGGAAAAUGUCAAACAAUGCAAACAGAUUUGCUGGUACACAAAUAAACUAUCAUUGUUAUUAAUCACCACAAA